AUGUUACAGUGUGGUUACUACAAGCUUGAGGAGGUGGAGGUCUGUGGGCUGUCGAGCGUAAAGGAAGAGGCAGGAACAGGAGAGUAUGUUACAGUGUGGUUACUACAGCCAGAGGAGGGGAGCCAGAGGAGGGGAGGUCUGCGGGCUGUCGAGCGUAAAGGAAGAGGCAGGAACAGGAGAGUAUGUUACAGUGUGGUUACUACAGCCAGAGGAGGGGGGGUCUGCGGGCUGUCGAGCGUAAAGGAAGAGGCAGGAACAGGAGAGUAUGUUACAGUGUGGUUACUACAGCCAGAGGAGGGGAGCUUGAGGAGGGGAGGUCUGUGGGCUGUCGAGCGUAAAGGAAGAGGCAGGAACAGGAGAGUAUGUUACAGUGUGGUUACUACAGCCAGAGGAGGGGAGGUCUGUGGGCUGUCGAGCGUAAAAGAAGAGGCAGGAACAGGAGAGUAUGUUACAGUGUGGUUACUACAGCCAGAGGAGGGGAGUGUCCAGUACCAGUGUGCGGACCAGUGUCCAGUACCAGUGUCCUGUAUCAGUGUCCAGUACCAGUGUGCGGACCAGUGUCCAGGACCAGUGUCCAGUACCAGUGUCCAGUACCAGUGUCCUGUAUCAGUGUCCAGUACCAGUGUCCAGUACCAGUGUCCUGUAUCUGUGUCCAGUACCAGUGUCCAGUACCAGUGUCCUGUAUCAGUGUCCAGUACCAGUGUCCAGUACCAGUGUCCAGUACCAGUGUCCAGUACCAGUGUCCUGUAUCAGUGUCCAUGUCAGUACCAGUGUCCAGUACCAGUGUCCAGUACCAGUGUCCAGUACCAGUGUCCAGUACCAGUAACAGUGUCAGUACCAGUGUCCAGUACCAGUGACCAGUACCAGUGUCCAGUAACAGUGUCAGUACCAGUGUCCAGUACCAGAGUCCAGUACCAGUGUCCAGUGUCCAGUGUCAGUACCAGUGUCCAGUACCAGUGUCCAGUAACAGUGUCCAGUGUCCAGUGUCAGUACCAGUGUCCAGUACCAGUGUCCAGUAACAGUGUCCAGUGUCCAGUGUCAGUACCAGUGUCCAGUACCAGUGUCCAGUAA